UGUACAUACAUAUCUACAUAACCUACUGCACGCAUUUGAACCGACCUACCUGCUCUGUACAUACUAACUUUACGUUAUCCUGCGAUUGUCCAGAGUCAAUACGAUAUCAUAUCAUUUACACCCUUCUCUUAUCAUCAAGGAGAUGGUUCUUCGUCUAUAAGCAGCAGUUGAAAUACAUUAUACAAUAGUCACAUAGGCUGCGUAUAUGUGUCUUCGUCUUUUCAUACCUCACCCUCAUUCCCAUCACCUCCACCGUUGUCGGUCAUGGAUCCCUCUGCCUCUCCCUUGACCCAACAGGCUCGACCUGAAUCCUUCCAGCCAAAGGUGGUCCAACUAUACGAGGCGCUAUUCAAGGACGACGUUGAUCCAGACACCGAUAGGCCUGAGGGCUUCUGGACAGAAUUCUUCCUUCUAAAACCCGAUCGACUAUCUUUGCAGAGUAUACUCGUCAGGCUUGGACCCGAUGACUUAAUAAGCAUUCAGUUGCAAACCCAACAACUCUUUUUCCGGGCUGUAGAAUGCUUAAAAAAGGGCAAUGGCGUGGCUGACUUGCACGCCCUCGAGACCCUAACCACUUUCUUCUCUAUCGUCCUCCCGAAAAAGUAUACGAAUCCAAGCUCAGAUAUAAUAGCCGUGUUAGCAGGGCUGGAUCAGGUUGACGCCAUCUUCACUGAUUUCGUAAGCGCUCUAGAUGGGAUUAUUCGCAAUGGCAAAUCGAUGGAAGUUCGGCAGAAAGGCGUCGAGGUUGUGUUAUCUAUUACUUCGGGCGCGUACCAGACGAGUCUCUUGACAUAUUUCAUACAACGGGAUCUUUUCCCCGCCAUUAUGAAGUUUAUCCAAGAAUCGGACUCGCCGCACAGGGUCUUGGAACCGUUUACGCUAUUGGGUUUGCUGGCAAACUACAACAAAUUUGAGUUUCAAAACCCCUACCAACUUCGGCUCAACGAUUUCGUCAACGAGGCGACUAUACAGAAGAUUGUUAGAUGUGUUGGGCACACAUGUCGAAGUUUGAGGGGCCAAUACAUCGAUAUUCUACAAGAUUUGCCUGAAGGAUGGACGAUUGCGAGCACACUGAAUAUGAUUGGGCUCGGAGCCAUCGCUCCCGGUCCGAAGUCAAACCAGAAACCAACGUACGAUCCAGAAGAAGCUAAGCAGAUGUUCGCAAAACUGCCGGGCGAGAAUGCUGCUGUACUGCUAGGGACAUACGAUUUCAGCCACGCCAACAAGCUCUUCUGCUUCAACCUUGUCUCGCUGCCAGCCGAGAAGGGCGAAGAGCAGCCCAUCUCCAGUUUCUUAUCCUUCACCUCUUACCUCCUCCAACAUGCUUUCCUCUCUACCCGAGCUACUAACUACGCGCAUCUCAGCCUGAUGGUUUUCCGGCUACUUAUUGAAGAUCAGCUUCUAUGUAAGCGGUUAUGUGGCGACGAGAGCAAGGUCGCCGUCAGACUCUGUCGUCAGCGGCAGCCCUUCCUCCCUGCCGUCCGAGGGGAACGCAUCUUAGCGACUAGUGUGUUAGAUACCAUGAUUGACGGCAUCAACCACAACCUACGUCGCAGGCUAGAUGUUAGUUUGUACACUCUAUGCGUUGGUAUCAUGUUGCGUAUCAUAUCAUACCUGUCCCGGUCCCGAACCCGAUUGCAUUACCACUGGUCUGAGCUAUUCCGCUCGCUCUUGUCCCUUAUCCGCUUCCUCACAACCUACGCCGCCGACCUCAAAGACCUAUCGCACUUCGAUUCUCUCCUGGAUCUUGUCGUGAACCUCUUGGCUCUUUCCCUCUCGGCCGGCGAGGCAUUUCUUCCCACUCCAGCUGCCUACGAUGAUCUAUUCUACAAAGUUGUAGAGAGCGGCGAGGUCUUGAUGAAGUUCCGCGAUACAUACGCACUAUCUAGGCGGCCAUCGAAUUCAAUAGGCACCCUCGUCAGCGUGAGCGCGCAUUAUAAGACCAUGCUCGAGUCUGGAGGCUCCAAAAGGAACCUGACCAGUACCGAGGUGGCGGAGGUGAUAAAACAAGGCUACGAGACAUUGAGUAUCCAAGCUAAGGAAGGACUUGACGGUUGGGAGAGGUAUCGCGAGGCCGAUGAAAGGACGCUACUAAAGAAGAUGGCGCGGGCGACCGUCACGGACGUCCACAUUAUCGUACAAGCUUAGAUAGUGCGGCUCGAGGUUCAGGCGUGAUAUCGAACGAGCCAGGAAUAUGUACGCUCCAUAAACCCGGACAGCUCUACAUAGCCGAAAACAGGACCAUUUUACACCAUGACAAGAAACAUCUUAACCUUCCCUUUAAGCACGCCUAACACAACCCACCAGCUG